GUGCUGACCCCAGCACAAAUAAAAUCAAUUUGCCUGGCCAUACUAGAAUCAGGAAAGCAGUAUGCAGUGAAGAAGAGGAAACCGUUCCCACUUAUGUAUUCCUACUAUGGAACAGAGUAUCUCGGUGCAGCACAUGGGCUUUCAUCAAUCCUUCAGAUGUUGCUUUCCUAUUAUGAGUACCUGCAGCCAGCAGAUCAGGAGCUUGUGUGGCAGAGCGUUGAUUUUCUUAUGGACCAAGAACAGAACAGCAACUGGCCUCCUGAGCUGGGAGAGACAAUCGAGCGGGAGAAUGAGCUUGUACACUGGUGUCAUGGAGCUCCAGGCAUUGCGUACCUGUUUGCCAAAGCUUACCUGGUUUCCAAGAAGCCUCAAUAUCUGGACACUUGUAUCCGCUGUGGAGAGUUAACUUGGCAGAAAGGCCUGUUGAAGAAGGGACCUGGAAUAUGCCAUGGAGUGGCUGGUAGUGCUUAUGUGUUCCUGCUGCUGUAUAGGCUCACUGGAAACUCGUUUGCAGAGUUCUUAUUUACAGAAGAAUUUAAGGCUGGUUCCCGGGCAUUAGAAAGUGUAUAUAGUCUGUAUGAAGGCUUCUCGGGAACUGUGUGUUUCCUGACUGACUUGCUGCAGCCCAACCAAGCUGAGUUUCCUCUCUUCAGUGUCUUCGUCUAG